AUGGCGGAGGGAGCUGACAUGGCGGAGGCCGCGGUGAUGGAGGAGGCCGCGAUGGAGGAGGCCGCGAUGGAGGAACCGGAGCCGGGACCGGGACCGGGAUCGGGACCGGGAUCGGGAUCAGAGCCGGGGAUGGAGCCGGAGCCGGUUCCGGAGCCCGAAGCGGGGCCGCCCCAUGGGGAGCAGGAGCAGGAGCUGGAGCCGGGGCCUGGGCCCAGGCCCGGAGCGGGGCUGGAGGCGCAGCUGGAGCGGCCCGAGCUGAGCUUCGAAGAGGAGGACGUGCAGCACGAGGAGGAGCUGCUCCGGAGCCCCUUCUCUGUUCGCUGCUGGCUGCGCUAUGCCCAGAGCCGCCUCAAGGGGCCGCGGCACCGCCUCAACCUCCUCUUCGAGCGCGGCCUCCGGCAGCUGCCGGGCAGUUACAAGCUGUGGUACCAGUACCUGCGGCACCGCCGGCAGCAGGUCAAGGGGCGCUGCCCCACGGACCCGGCCUAUGAGGAAGCCAACGCCUGCCACGAGCGAGCCCUCGUCUUCAUGCACAAGAUGCCGCGCAUCUGGCUGGAUUACUGCCAGUUCCUGGUGGACCAGGGCCGGAUCACGCGCACGCGCCGCACCUUCGACCGGGCGCUGCGGGCGCUGCCCAUCACCCAGCACCACCGCAUCUGGCCGCUCUACCUGCAGUUCGUGCGGCGGUACCCGCUGCCCGAGACCGCCGUGCGGGUGUACCGACGCUUCCUGAAGCUGAGCCCCGAGAGCGCAGAGGAGUUCGUGGGGUACCUCUGUGCCGCCGGGCGCCUGGAUGAGGCCGCCACGCGCCUGGCCCAGCUCGUCAAUGAUGAGCGCUUCGUGUCCCGCCAUGGCAAAUCCAACUACCAG